CGUCGUUUAUGAACGGUUUAGUGGAGGAUAGUCGAAGUUCCUCCUGGAAGAAGAAUAGUCGAACAGAUUCGAAUAUGCUGAAUUCAUCGGAUUUAUCAGAUAGAGAUGCUGAUGUUCAUUUCGUCGUUCCAGAAAGUGUGCAACAGUUUCUUUCCUAUUUUAGACAGAAAUUCCGAGAAGGAAACGUAUCAGAAGUACACACACUGUAUGAGACAAGUUUCAAUCGCUAUUCUGAACGUUAUUUCAAAACAACUUCUUGGCCUAACCCUGAAAUAGCAGCCAAGUAUGUAGAUAACGAUGAAGUAUUUUUGUUGUUUUACAAAGAACUGUAUUACCGACAUAUCUAUUCUCGUUUGCAACCCACUUUGGCACAACGAGUGGAGGCUUGGGACAACUACUGUGACUUGUUCAACUUUAUCCUCAAUGAUGGAAUUGUCGACUUUGAUCUUCCACCUUCUUGGUUAUGGGAUAUAACGGAUGAGUUUAUCUAUCAGUUUGAAACAUGGUGCCACUAUAGAAAUCGUCUAAAGAAUAAGACAGAGGAAGAGCUUGCGUACCUUAAAGACAACGAACAUAUAUGGAAUGUUAACUUUUUAUUGCAAUAUCUUCAUGCGAUGGUGAACAAAUCUAAUAUCUGUCCCUGGUUAUUGAAUGGGAAUGAACCAGUUGGUUCUUCAGACCCUGAUGAUGAUGAUUUUGACUAUUCUACUAUUCCCGUCUAUCGUUUUUUGGGUUAUUUUAGCAUCAUUGGACUUUUAAGAGUUCAUUGUUUACUUGGUGACUACAAGUUGGCGUUGAUGGUUCUUCAACCAUUGGACUUUGAUGACAACACUGCGUUGUUUACUCGGGUGACGGCUUGUUAUAUUUCACUGUAUUAUUAUAUGACAUUUGCUUUUCUUAUGCUGCGAAGAUAUGAAGACGCAGUUCGAGUAUUGGGCUCAACGUUACUUCAUAUUGGAAGGAUAAAACAACAUCAUACACGUUCCUAUCAAUAUGAGCAAAUUCAUAAGCGAACCGAUCAGAUGUUGGCACUUUUGGCCAUCAGUUUGGUAUUCUCUUCUCAGAAUGUUGACGAAUCGGUGAACAGCAUGUUGCGAGAAAAGUUUGGAGAUAAGAUGACUCGCAUGCGUCAAGGUGAAGAAUCCGUUUUUGAAGAGUUGUUUAUCUAUGCUUGUCCCAAGUUUGUUUCUCCUUGUUCACCUGAUUAUGAUCGUCCCAUGGAUCGACAUAUGGAGGCAUCCUAUUUACAGACCAAGACAUUUAUGAGAGAAGUUCGUCAAAGAUUGGCGGUACCGGAAGUGAAAAGUUUUCUUAGUUUGUAUACCAGUAUCGAAUUGUGCAAGUUGGCACAGUUCAUGGAAACUACGGAGGAAAUAUUUAGAAGCUUUUUGCUUUGUUUCAAACAUAAGACGUUUGUGUUUUGUGGGUCUCCUGGACAGGCACCUGCAGAAGGAAGCUUUGUAUGCUGUGCGCCUGUUAGUUUCUUUGUGGAUAAUGACGUGGUUCGAGUAAUGGAUACCAAGACAGAGAGCAAGUUUGGGGAAUAUUUUUUACAGCAUAUUGGCAAGUUGCAAGAGUUUAUACAAAUAUUGGAACAAAAAAAGAAGUCGUCGACUUCAACGGAAUAAAACAUCUCCGUUUUCAUCGAUUCAUCAUAGA